GCAGCGCCUGGGCCGCGGCGCCCUGGCGAAAUAAGUCCCGGGAGCCGGGCCCGGCCCUGCGCCUGCGCGGGUGCCCGCCGAGCCCCGCGCCCCCCGCGCCCCCGGCCCCGCCGCCCUUCCCUCCCCGCACCCACCGCCCCGCCGGAGCCGCCGCAGCCGCCGCAGCCGGGGCAGCCGCCCCCCCGGGUGAGGCAGCUGGUGGCCCAGGGCUCUCCUGCCUGCUCCCACCUCGCCAUGGCCACUCCAGACGUCAGUGUCCACAUGGAGGAGGUGGUGGUGGUGACAACACCCGACAGCGCCAUGGAUGGGGGUGGCGUGGAGGAGGUGAAGACAGUGCUGGUCACCACCAACCUGUCCCAGCACAGUGGUGACAUAAACGAGGACACACUGGAGACCGAAAAUGCAGCCGCUGCAGCUGCUGCUGCCUUCACAGCCUCCACGCAGCUGAAGGAAGCGGUUCUAGUGAAGAUGGCUGAAGAUGAGGACAGUUUGGAGGCAGAGAUUGUCUACCCCAUCACCUGUGGGGACAGCAAAGCCAACCUCAUCUGGAGGAAGUUUGUGUGCCCUGGGAUCAACGUCAAGUGUGUGCAGUUUGAUGAUCACCUCAUUAGUCCCAAGGAGUUUGUCCACUUGGCGGGCAAGUCGACCCUGAAGGACUGGAAGCGGGCGAUCCGGAUGAACGGGAUCAUGCUCCGGAAGAUCAUGGACUCAGGAGAGCUGGAUUUCUACCAGCACACAAAGGUCUGUUCCAACACCUGCCGGAGCACCAAAAUCGACCUGACAGGAGCCAGGGUGUCCCUGAGCAGCCAGACAUCAGCAGAGUACAUCCCCCUCACUCCCGCCUCCGCCGAUGUGAACGGAUCCCCAGCCACAAUUACCAUAGAAACGUGUGAGGAUUCCAGCGACUGGAGCACCAGCAUCGGAGAUGACACCUUCGCUUUCUGGCGAGGCCUGAAGGACACUGGUCUCCUGGAAGAAGUCAUCCACGAGUUCCACCAGGAGCUAGUGGACACCAUGAAGGGCUUGCAGCAGCGAGCGCAGGACCCCCCGCUGCAGCUCGGGGAUGCUGUUUUACUCAACAACGUAGUCCAGAACUUCGGGAUGUUGGAUCUGGUCAAGAAGGUCCUGGCCAGCCACAAGUGCCAGAUGGAUCGCUCGAGGGAGCAGUACGCGCGGGAUUUGGCAGCUCUGGAGCAGCAGUGUGACGAGCACCGCAAGCGAGCCAAGGAGCUGAAGCACAAAUCCCAGCAUCUCAACAACGUCCUGAUGACCCUCACGCCCGUCUCCGUCCCCACGCCUUUAAAACGUCCCAGGCUGACCAGGGCCACCUCGGGACCAGCUGCCAUCACCUCCCAAGUCCUGUCGCAGCCAGCGCAGCUCGCCGUCACCCCCGGGGUGCCUGUCUCUCAACUCGCCAACCUCCCUCUUGGCAAAGUGGUGUCAGCUCUGCCGCCCUCGGUGCUGGGGAAGGGCCAGUCCCAGCCCCCUGCCACCGCUUCCCCGGCCUCCCCCCUGCUGGGAGGAUACACGGUACUGGCCUCUGCUGGUUCCACCUUUCCCGGGACGGUGGAGAUCCACCCGGACGCUUCCAACCUGACGGUGCUGAGCGCGGCCGCGGUGCAGGACGGCAGCACCGUGGUGAAGGUGGUGAGUCCCUUCCAGCUGCUCACGCUGCCGGGACUUGGCACGACCAUCCAGAACGUGACACAAAUGGCUCCCGGCGGUGGGAGCACGGUCGUGACCGUCCCCUCCGGUGUCACCGGGGAUGAACAUGCCACCAUCGAGGUGACGGCAGUGGCUGAUGAGGUGGAGCAGAAGUGAAGGGGGGCAGGAGCCUGGAGGGACGCUGGCCGUGCCGCUCCGGGGGGAUCUGCCUCUGCUCCGCGGGACGAGGAGCCGCCUGACGAGGGGCGCGGGUUAACGAGACUCGUGGCGGGGGCGAGGAGGUUCAGGUCAGAGGGAAGGAGAGGGAGGAAGAAGGCGCCUGGAGAAGGGAAAGGCGAAAAAAUGCUCCGCCCUGUUUGGUGGAGACGAGAGGAGAAAAAAAAAAAGAAAAAAAAAAAGAAAGAAAAAAGCUUAUUUUUUUAUAAAGCUUCCCUCCCUGGUUCUCUAGGAAGAGUGAUUCCAUUGGAGCUUGAGCUCUGCCUCAGCUGCAGGCCUGUUGGAGGAGCAGGGCAGGAAGGUGGUGGCAGCCAAAGGAAAAGCUGGUGAAGCACCGAUCUGGCACCCAACUGGCUGCCCAGGGAUCUGGCACAGACUGAUGGGUGUCAUGCUCCCUGUUCCCAUGGGGAUCUGGGCAGGGAGCGGGGACCCUGGGAGCAGGGUGUCCGUGGGAUGUGUGCGGCCAUGGAGAGCAGGAAGAGGCACAAGCCCCAGGGAUGGCUUCUGCGUGUGGCUGUGGCUUUGGGGAGUGGAACAAGCAGCAGAUCCUGUGAAGAGUGGUCAUGGAGGGUUGCUUGGGUCUGCUGGAGGGAAGGAGUGGGGAGAGAGAAGCCCAGAGGGCUGGGAAGAGCUGUAACUUCUGAGGAUUUAGGGUCUCUUUCUAGUUUUCUCAAAAAAAAAAAAAAGAAAAAAAGAAAAAAAAGAAAAAAAGAAAUCCAUUUUUUGGGAUUUUUCUACACAAACAGUGACUUUUUUUUAAGCCAAGCCCUUUGGCUGUGAAGGAUCCUGAGCUGAACUGCAGGGCUCUGAGGAGCCUGUGCUCACUGCCCAGCGGGGACCCCAGAGCAGGGUCAGGCUGGUCUCCAGUCCCAGCAUCUCUCCGGGUGCUGCUGUUCCCUCCCUGUGGGGUCUGAGCAGCUGCUCUGGAUCAGGGUGCUCGACCCUCCCUGGGACUCCCUUGACCCUUGGACUCUCUGUGAGUCUUCCAGCUGCCCCAUGCAGCUGCAGCCACAUUCACCCCAUCUCCGGCUGGAGGGAGUCGGGUGCUUGAAGUGUUGGGGUUUCCACAGACCUGACCUGGCAGCAGCAGUGGCAACAGGUCACUAAUGAGAUAAUAAAUUGUGUUGGUUUUUUUUUUUUUUUUGGAAGAGCACUGCUGGCUUCUUGUCUUUCUGUGUCUAGUGGCUACAGCCAGGGGAGCAAAGCAGAGCUGGGUUGGGGCAGG